UAUUCCACAUUGAAUCACAAAAACCUACUCCUCUGCGAAUCGCCGAUACUCUGCUCCAAGAAGAGGACGAAGAAGAGGGAGGCCAAGGGUGCUUUUCUCUUGAUUUUCUGAUGGACGAUAGUAGGGGGAGGAGAGCGACUAGGUGGUUACGGAUGGAGUGCUCGACACCGAGGACGAUCCUUGGCCGGUUGAUGUCCGGUUUGAGGAGGGAUAAGGGGAGGAACCCUGCGGUGGGAAGCCAGCGGAGAAGGAACGAGAGGGAGAGGGAGGAUGACGCGGCGGAGGUCAGUGGGUCGAGGAAUGGACUGAAUAGGAGUGACUCAUGUUUCACUACCGGAAGAAGUAUCUCAGUUCUGUUUGACAUGCCAUCUGUAGAACUUUUUAACAUGCUUCUCUACUUUAAACGAUGUCACAUAGUUGACUAUGGAAUGGAUGACAACCUUAUCUUAUUUCUUCAUUUCCCAGGAUCUCGAAGGGCAGAAAACUCUUUCAACAUGGCAAUUGGGUGUUGUCUUUUGUACCUUAUGGCUUGUAGCAAAAAUGAACUUGAAAAGAUGGUUGAGUUGCGGAAACAAAUGGAAAUGCUCCUUGGAAAUGUCAAAGAACUUGAGAGGAAACAUCUGCUGCCUGAACCACCUGCCCCAGAUGGUGCAUAUGCAUAUUCCGAAGAUGCUCCAGAGAGUCCAGAAUCUAAUAAAAAUCUUCCCCUUCAAAUCCUGCCAAGAUCUUUCACUUUACCAGAAGUAUCCACCAUCACGGCAUGUGAUAAGUCUUUGAGAUUUAGCAUACCUGAUAUGGGAGAAACUCUCGAAGGAAUUGAUGAGCUUGAAGUAGAACUCCAGGCUGAGCUAGAACGCCUGCAACUCCAUUUAGACGCAGAGAAGUUUCUGAGGCAUCCAGAGGAACAAAAAAUGAAGGUUCGUGUUAAUGACACUGCUUCCAGUAGAAGCCCUGGUUCUAGCUCCCCGGAAGUCAUUGAUCCUGCAAGUGACUCUCAAGAGGUGCACUGUGAUGUGAACUGUGGAGUUCCUUCCCGUGAACUUGAAAGAAGAUUGCAUGAAUUACUGGAAGCCAGGCAGCAAGAACAAAUAAGAGAGCUAGAAGCUGCUUUAGAAUGUGCAAAUCAGAGGCUUCAUGAGAAAGAAAAGGAGAUUUCUUGGUGGAGAGACACAGCAAGACUCGUUUCACAGCAUAUUCAAUAACAGAAACCACAGCUUAUUCCAAAUGUGGGCCAGAAAUCUGUCCCUUUUUGAGGUGAGCAUCAACUUGUACAAUGGCUUCUUAGAAUUGAUUAAUGAUCUGUAAGUUGCUGAUCGAUUAAAUUGAUACUGUGUUUGGCUGAAUUGCUUUUACCCUUUUGCCCUUUUUGGUCAAAGGAUUGCAUAGUAUGUGCAUUACAGAUUUACAAAACUGUAAUGAUAAAUA